AUGCCUGCGAAGAAGAAAUGUAGCCACCAGGCCAGGAAGGCAGAGCUGGUGUUCCUUGAGAGGCCACGAGAGGGACCCGUCCAUUGCUACGAAGCUCCCCUGUCUUCCGCCGCGAAUCCAAGGCGUGUUCCUGCAAAACCUGUGGACCAGAACACCUCUGCUGCCUGGGUACGCCCACAAUUUGAAACAACGAAGUCAGUGGUGUUGACAGCACGCCAGAAGAAGCACUAUGGUCCUCACAAGAAUCAGGCCCCCAGCCACAGCUUGCUUCAGGGAGCAGCUUGUCGAAGAGCUACAGCCUGCAAGUUUCCCCCUUUAACUUUUGAGCAUCCGGAAGGACGUGCAGUCCAACCCUCGGAUCGCCCACGCUGCUCAAGGAAGAACACGCCGCGCUCUCCCAGCCAGCCCAAGAAAGGGGCAGCAGCAGAAGGCGGCACCCAGGUGAACAGCCCAGAGUACUCAGUGCUGGUCGCGGACACUCCUGAGCACCAGUACGGGGUGAAGGUGACAUGGCGGCAGCGGCCCGCGCUGAUGGAACGCCUGCUGGAGAGGGGCGAGCUGAGUGCUGCUGACGUGCUGGUGAAGGCGAACGCCGAGCUCCCGAGGAGACAGCCCAACGCCUGA